CUUUUUCUAAUGGAAUAAGGCAACUUAUGCCCUGUUCACACGGAAAGUUGAAUUCGAAUUAAACAGGGGAAUUUCAUGGUUAAAUAUGAAAGAAGAAAUGAUAGCAGUGGUGUUUUUCCUUCUUUUACCAUACAUCAGAGCUUCCGCAAUCAUCGAAGUUUUGACAGAGGAUGAUACGCAAUAUAUCAAGCUUAGUACGCAUUGUAUCACUGCAGCAGAAAGAUCAUUCUUCUCUUUUGAAGUCAAGGCAAAAAAUGAUGCUCACUUUGCCUUAAUGAGUGCGGAUGACGACAACGAGCCUCUGUAUGAAAUCGUUCUUGGAGGAUGGACAAAUACGAAGUCGUGUGUUAGAGUAGAGAAGCAGGGUACAUGCUACGGUACAAAACAAGCCCAAGUUUUACAGGAAAGCAGCUUUAAGACAUUUUGGGUGUAUUGGCUAAAUGGUAACAUCACCGUUGGUUUAGGAAAUAUACGUGAUGGAAAUGUAUUUUUGAAAUAUUAUCACUCUACUCCAUAUCCCGUGAAUUACUUUUCUGUAAUGACCGGCUAUGGUUCAACGGGACACUGGAAAUUUACAAACGAUGUUCGAUGCAAUUUUGAGGUCUUUAACAAUACCAAAGUUGUCGAGAACAACACAAAUUGCCAUGGAACCGUGAAGUAUGAGUGCGACCAAGGGUUCUAUCUUUACAGUGGAAACAUACAACGCACCUGUUUAAUGAACAGGACAUGGUCGGGAGAACCCCCUCAUUGUAAACGAAUUUUGUGUCCACAGCUUUCGUCGACAGCCUCGUACACAAUUCAACACCAGGACACCUAUGCUGGGGGGAAUGUCACUGUCGCGUGUUCUAAUAACUUUCGACAUUUCUCGGGUCACCUGACCAGGAAAUGUGCAUUAAGUGGAUUAUGGGAAGGCGAGGAACCUGUGUGCUUUCGUUGUAAAUGCCCUUGUUCAUUGACUGGUCAGCAGAAGUUCAACUCAUCAAUAGAACUAGAACAAAAGAUUGAAAAACUAAAAAAAGAACUAACAAUCCUUAAAAACUCCACAAAUUCCUUUUAUCGAAAGAAGAUCUCUGCUCCAGACAAUCGGCCUUCAUCCGCUGGACUUGGAUAUUUGUUUGGUUAUGGUGUUAUUCUUUUCAUUAUGUUAUCUUUGGUGAUUUCAGAUAUGCCGAAAUGGUACCGACAUAUUCGAUUUGGAGCAAACUGAAACUUUUUCAAACCGGUUUUUAUAAACACCAUAAUCAAAACAAUACUUUCAUUUAUAAUUUAUAUAUUUUUCAAAUCUAACCAAAAAGGAAAAUGAUUGUAAUUAAAAUGCCUACUGUAAUCGCCCUUAACAAAACAUUCACCUGCGUGUAUAUAAGGGGGGAAAUGUUAUAUCUAUUUAAUUUUAAGGUUAAAGAAUUGAAAGAACUGGAAAAUUCAAAGUAUCAGGUAGAGUGCCCUCCAGCCGUUAUAAUUGUUUAAGUGGUAGAAAUGC